AUGGCGAGUCUUGCCUUCUAUUGCGCCCGCGACAAGCCGCCUCCCCCUGACAGGCCCGAGCCGCACCCCAAAGAUUGGGACCUCGAGCACUUCUGCAUCCUGCGCCACCCCGUCGAAGGAUCCGACCUGCAAAUCGGCAAGGUCGUCGGCGACCCCGAAGACGACCUGGCGCCGCUCAGCAAGGUCAGGGGCAACAUAUUCAGCCAUGUCCCUUCCCCGGACCGCACCGUGGAGCACCGCCGCACCGUUCACCUCGGGCCGGCCCCGGCCACAAGCGCGCGCACCAACUGCGCCUUGCCUCGGACGCCCAUCAACUCGCCCGCGACGGCCGUCGAGGACUCGAUUGCCCUCAAGAAGCACCUCGCGAACGGCGACCACGCAUUCCUCGUCACCGGGGUGGUGCGGGCGGCGGCGCGGAACGAGGUCUCGGGCUCGGAGGGGCCGCUCAACACGGACAAGGUGACGACGGCGACGCCGGGCCAGGCGGUGGCGGAGUCGCUGGAGCUGAGGUCGCUGGACGGCAAGCUCUUUGCUGUGCGACUUGUCCAGAUGUGGUACGGGAAGGGAGUUCUGGGGGGAUUCAAGGUCAGAAGUGACAGGUAUAUCGUCGGAGAGUAG